CGUCCCUGCUGUCCUGGACCAAGUUUCCCUCUUUGCCUUUCCGCCUCUCAUCCAACGACCAGUAGCUGCUGUCCCACGCGGCACAUGAAGCAUAUAUGGGAAAGAUAACCUACCUCUAGCUAGCAAUGUAGUAUCUUCCCCAAUACAACACCUGCCUCGUUCCUCUCAAUACCACCUUCCAUCCCAGUCGCCAACUCCAGUUCCAGAACUGAGAAUGAACGUGGGCAAAAUGAAAACCAGCUGGUACAUUUUCUUGUGUUGCCUAUCUUUCGCAAUGGCGCUGAAUCUGACAGCCAAGCGGCCUUUGAGAUGCAUCAUGUACUACACCGGUCAACAUCCGGUCACGCCUCCAAUCGAUCAAUUAAAGCACGUUACCCAUGUUGCUGUUGCCUUCAUGAGUCCCGGGGUCUUCAACGAGCCGGACCGGAUUGAUUGGCCCUUGUGGACCACAGUGGAAGAUGUCAGGAAGAAAUUCCCCAAGGAGGCAAAGGUGCUGAUCGCAAUUGGCGGUUGGGGCGAUACCAUCGGGUUUUCAGUGGCCGCUCUCUCAGACGAGACACGGAAAACAUUUGCUGAGAAUGUGGCAAGCAUGGUGAGGGUGACUGGGGCUGAUGGUGUCGAUAUCGAUUGGGAAUAUCCAGGAGGCAACGGUGAAGAUUACAAACAGGUUCCCAACACAUCGAAAUCCUGGGAAAUUCAGGCUUAUCCCCUUCUCCUUGCCGAAUUGCGAGCUGCCUUGGGACCAAACGUCAUCAUCUCGGCAGCUGUACCGGGUCUCGAACGCGACAUGCUUGCUUUCACCAGAGAAACCGUCCCUAGAAUCAUGAGGCACCUUGACUUCCUCAAUGUCAUGACUUAUGAUCUGAUGAACCGUCGUGACACCGUGACGAAGCACCACACCGGCAUAGACCUCAGUCUCGAGGCUCUCGACGCCUACAUCGCAGCCGGAGCCGCACCCCAGGAGCUCAACCUGGGCUUUGCGUUUUACGUGAAGUAUUUCCGCACCCUACACGAAAAGUGUCUGGAUGAUCCGAUUGGGUGUCCUACCGUCCUUCUUGAGGAUCCGUCAACCGGCGCGGAUCUUGGACAGGCGGGGGCAUUUUCAUGGAACGAUGCUGUGCCUGAGGAUGUGGCAAAUUCCUUUACAAGGGCGAUCGGUAAGGGGAGGUAUGAUGAGAAACAGGGAGGGUAUUACUACUGGGAUGAAGAGGAGGAUAUUUGGUGGACCUUCGACACGGCCGAGGCCAUCAAGAGGAAGCUUCCAGUUCUCGUGGACAAGAAGAGACUCGGAGGAGUGUUUGCUUGGGGCCUAGGAGAGGAUGCGCCUGUUUACGAGCGCUUGGCGGCCGUCAAUGAGGAGUUGGAUAAACGGUUGGAAAUCAAGGAUGAGCUUUAAGUUCGGUAUCCCGAAGAUACGAGAAUGUUGGACGCUGAUUGUCAUUCUGGCUGAUGAGACUAUUUUAAAACCCAAUUGCUCAAGAAAAGCGCAUUAUGUCGCGCCGGAUGACAAGUACGUUGAUCUAUUCAGAGCUGUCUUGACAAUGCAGUUUCAUCAUCGCUAAGAUUAGCGAUGACUCCCACCCGGUUUGCCAGACCCUAUUCCUCUCCUCAUCAGGAACAAGUCGAGGCAGAUGUACAACGCAGCCAAGAGCAGUGGCAGAGCAACCAUCCACAGCACAACCACGCUAACCCUCUCUUCCCUGUCAACCUGCCUUCCGCUAAACGCUCGGCUUCCAUUCACAGAGGCUCCAUCCACAACAUGCUGCGACUCUUCAUCUCCCUGGUACUCGUGAUCUUCGACAUCAGUACUCGGGUCGGAACCACGGCGUGCGCCGAAAGUGUGAUCAUUCACAUGUUCAUUCUGGUGAAGUGGCAACGGGGGCUCCACAUGAUCUUCGUUGUUGUUAUCUCUGGGCCAGUUUGGCACGGGUGGAAUAACAGGCAUCAAACUGCCUCGAACGACAGUAUCCUGCCGUUUACUUUUCAAAUUAGCAGAGAUCAAGCAAGGAGAGGGAAAAUCAAAACGUACGGCCAAGAAGGGGUCCUCUGAGAGGAUGUCAACAGAGCGAACUAUCCCGCUAUGGUCGGAUUCAUGGUCGGAAGAAGAGGUGGAUAAAGCAAUGGAAGUAGAGCGGGAGGCGGAUCCGGAAGGUGACCACAUCUUUUUUGGCAGCUUCUGGUUGCGAGGUCGCGGUUCACCUGUUCUUGUACGGGUGAUGUAUUGAAUGUUUGUAGUUUGGGUGAGAUAAUGGUAAUGAAUGAUUUCAAAAGAACCGAGAUGCUCUGUUGCACAUACCGGCAACGCAAAAAGCAACAGUCAUAAAGAGUACAUGAAUUACAAUAAACAAAGCAUGUUGUGUUUGGAAAGACAACAGGUCUCUGACAAAAGAAGCACCUGCACACCCACAUAAACCCAACACCGCACUUGUAAAAAUUGUAAGCAAGAAUG